AUGCUGGUCCUGGUCCUGGUCCUCAGCCUGGGAUUCCUUGGCUCAGUUGGAGCACUCACUUGUAAGCCAAACAAUACAUGUUCAGAUGGGGAGAAAUACUACGUCGCGAACAUCACAGGAAAUACGAUCCUGAAGGACAUAGCGCCUGAAGGCUGUAUCUCCUCCAAGGUUUGUCAAGUCGCGGGAAAACCAUUCUCUCUCACCACAAACAACUGCAGUGAAACUGCAAAGUUGACAUGCUGCAACACUUCUACCGUCCCUGCCCCCUCUCUGUCACCUGGGACUCUGCGAUGCUGUGGGGACGCCACCUGCAACUCAAAGAUAAAAUGUAACACGGCGGAGACCAUAUGCGUCCAGAUUAAUAUCUCCUCCCAGCCUCUAAUUCACGCCUGUGCUACUGACAACAUCUGCGAUACUGAUUUUCUUUCCAACUCAACCUGCAAGAAGACAGUGGGUAAACGAACGGAACAUCAACCCGCGGGACGCACGUACGCAGCAGACGCACGCUCCAGACAGACGCACAUGAUGAGAGGCUGCGCGAGCCGGACCAAGAGCGCACACUUCCUGAGCCAAGACGAACAGAACCCCGGGAAAAGGGCCCGAACUCCCGCCGAUAGCCCUACGGUCCCCUCUCCAGAAGCCAUGGCUGACACGGCGCCGACAAACCCGCGGGAACUCACCCAAAACCCACUAAAGAAGAUUUGGAUGCCCUAUAAAAACGGCCUUCCCGAAAACCACAUUUCUCAAAGAAAGGUAUGCAUGACCAACUGUCCCACUUUGAUUGUUACUGUGGGCCUUCCAGCCAGAGGGAAGACCUACAUCUCCAAGAAGCUGACCCGCUAUCUCAACUGGAUUGGAGUACCAACUAAAGAAUUCAAUGUCGGGCAAUACAGGAGAGACUUUGUGAAGAGCUACAAGUCCUUUGAGUUUUUUCAUCCAGACAAUGAGGAGGGUGUGAGGAUAAGAAUGCAAUGUGCAUCAGCUGCUUUGAACGAUGUGCGGCAGUAUCUCACAAGUGGAGGACAAGUGGCUGUUUUUGAUGCAACAAACACGACCAGGGAAAGAAGAGAUACAAUUCUCCAGUUUGCCGAGCAGAACGGUUUUAAAGUGUUCUUUGUGGAGUCUGUGUGUGAAGAUCCAGAUGUUAUACAAGAAAACAUAGUUCAAGUCAAACUCGGAAGUCCAGAUUACACCAACUGUAACUCAGACGAAGCAGUGGAAGACUUUAUGAAGAGAAUCAAAUGUUAUGAAAACUCCUAUGAACCACUGGAUGAAGCCUUGGAUAGGUGA